CUCCUAAAAGACCACCAGUGCGCACCGGCAGUCCUCGUCUCUGCUGACUCAGUGCCUUACCAGCAGUCCCUUCACCCAAAGACACAGCAUCCAGUAACCGACACACGCUCCUCCGGCCAACCCGCCCCGGCACCACCGUACAGAAUGGCUAAAACCGCAAUCGCUUACAAAGAAAAGAUGAAGGAGAUUUCAGUUCUUUCACUCAUCUGCUCUUGUCUGUACCCUGAGAGCCGCAAAAACAUCAUGGGUGAUUUUGAAGACAUGGACAUCAAGCCCAUUAACAAACGAGCCUCAGGCCAGGCCUUUGAGGUCAUCCUGAAGCCGCCCUCCCCUGUGUCUGAUGUCGCCCACCUCAUUACCAGUUACCCAAAGAAGGACAUUUCCCUGGAGGACAUCCAGAAGAAACUGGAGGCAGCUGAGGACCGGAGGAGAUCCCAGGAGGCACAGGUACUCCAGAUCCUGGCUGAGAAGCGGGAGCACGAGCGCGACGUGCUGCUGAAGGCCAUGGAGGAGAACAGCAACUUCAGCCGCAUGGCCGAGGAGAAGCUCCAACUGAAGAUGGAGCAGAUUGAGGAGAACCGGCAGGCCUACCUGGCUGGCAUAAUGGAGCGCUUGCAGGAGAAGGAGAGGCAUGCUCAGGAGGUGCGUAGGAACAAGGAGAUUAGAGAAGAAGUGAUUGAAUGAGAAGCCCCAGCAGGUUCUACGUCCCACCUCCAAACCCCUGACCACCACCCUAACCCUGAGGAGCACCCCCACCUUAUCCUACAUGUCCCCACCUCUCCAGUUCCUGCGCCAUACCACCCAUACUACUCUGAAACUACCACAGCCUGAGACGCCACCACAAGACAGUGGGAGGUUCAAAUGGGGUUGGGGGUGGAAAAAAAAUGCAAAAAUUAUUUAAAAAAAAUUCAUGUUUCCCACCCACUCUUCCCAAAAAUGUUUUUGCUCUGUUUAAAUAAGAAGAAAAGAAAAAUUGACAAAUGGCAGUGGGUCUUGGUUUUUGUAAAUACUUCUUUUUUUGUUAUAUACAGUACAAUACAAGCAGCAAAGUAUUGAUUGCAGUGUGCCAUUUUUAUAUAUACGUUUUCUCUUCCUGCAUAUCUAUAUGGAUGUAAUAAUUUGAUCAUUCUCAUGUUGUUUUUCUUUCAGCCUGAGAAUCUUUUUACUUUGGUUUCUCUAGUGUGGUAACAGGCUUAGGUGUUGUUGUAAGUUUGCCAGCAAGCUGAUGUUCUCUGUGACUGGUUGUGUCCUCACAAGGCCUGCAGUCUGGCUCCAUUCCUUCGUCCCUUCAAAUGGGCACUUAAUCAUUUGACCCCUCAGAUCUGGAAGCAAAAUUGGAUCUGUGUUUUGGUCAGAGUGAUUUUCCAUCCAGUUUGUCCUGGUGUUCCAGUUAGCAAGGGACAUGUACAGGAAAGCUGGCAAAAGGAAAGGGGACAGUUUGCUUUUCUGUGAGAACUGCGCGCCGUCGCUGCACAUACACUCCUGUGAGGUAGAUAGUGAAUGUACCACAGGAGAACACUAUAGCAUUUAAUAAGCCCAUCCUCAUCCUCCUUUCCUCCAUCUGCAACUUCUUCAUCUCUCCACAUACAUAGAUACUGUAGAAGCACUCACUCACGCUCUGCACAUGUGCAGGCAUUUAGCCAAUCAUAGCACAGAGCUCAGGAGGAGCUUGCUAAACUCUGUCCAUCUAGCACCCCUGACCAGUGGCGGUCCUUGUAUAUUCCUCAGAAACAAGCAUCCAGUCAUGCAUUACUAUAAUGCACAACACAACACAACUGAGGUGAAAGUGCUUCCUAAGAAUGCUGGAGUGCAGAAAACUUCACCUGAGAUCAGACUUGUUACUGUGAAUCUUGCAUAGAGAGAAAUAAGUUGCACCUUUCUCUGUUUCAUAGAGGCUAGAGUAGUGCUCAGCAUCGUUAACGCCCACUGGACUCAUUGCAGCUAGAGUAGUGCUCAGCAUCAUUAACGCCCACUGGACUCAUUGCACUUCAUCCAAUACACUGUAAAUUCCACUGAAAGGUUGGCACAAGAAAGAUAUAAGCCAUAACAGGUAUCACUGCAACAAUAAUUCACGAACACAGUAUUUCCAUCUGUAAAGGUGUAUAUGAGUGUAUUAAAGUAUCUGAAUAGUUUUUUAAGCAGGGGUGUUGAAGCCUGAGGUUGAACCCUGUCUGUCACACAUACACAGUAGGCCUGUAGAUGUGUGUGAGCAUGUGUGUGCGUUUCAGAAAGGCUGGGAAGAUAACAGAAUAUUAGUGCCAUGUGAGUCAGUGAAGUGUAACAGCUGUCAGACAUUCACCGCAGACAGUGACGAUCCUACCUGCCUCUCUCGCUCUUUCUCUCCUCUGUCCAUCUGUGUGUUUCCCUCUCUCCACGUAUAUCUUUGUGAGCAAGCAGUGGUUAAUAAAGAUUUGGGGUUCAGUGAAUGAAA